GCAAUGAAGAACUAAUACGACUCAUAUUGAACUCAAACAAAUAUAGAAGAAGAAGCGGACGAACCGAGGUGCAUAUAAUCAGCCAAAAUGAUUGGAGAUCUUAUCAUUUUUGGCACUCUGCUCGUGAACGCCGGCGCUGUGCUCAACUUUAAACUAAAGAAGAGAGAAACGCAGUCUCAAGGGUUUGGCGAUGAAUCUGGACUGUCCAGAACUGGUGACAACAUCAGAGAGUUUUUGCUGAGUCUGCGGUACUUUCGUAUAUUCAUUGCUCUCUGGAACAUUUUCAUCAUGUUUUGCAUGAUCUUGUUAUUUGGUUCAUAAUCGAUGGCUGUUACACGGACGAUCACUACAGACUCAAAAGAUAUUAUUGCAGCAUUGGGUGGAUUUUCUUGUAACAGGUCUUUUUUAGUGUGAUUUGUCUUAUACAUAGUCAGAUCUAAUGUCUUACAAGACACCUGUAUAUUUUGUACAAAAGUGUGCAUGAUUAAUUUUGGUUU